GCUUAGAAUGUCAAACUGACAAGAAUAAGCAUUUCCAUAUACAAAAUUUAAGACCGCGCGUAUAAAAAUCAAAAUCUUGUGAAAUCAAAAUGUCCGAGGAAGUAUCCAUCGAUGCGGUUGCUCCUCCCGCGGAGAAGAGUUCGAAGUUGACCAAUGCCCAGAAGGCGCGGAUCGAAAGGAACCUGGCCAAGGCGCAAAAGUUGCGGGAGGCUAAGUUGGUUUUCCAUCCAUUCAAGGAUCUGGCCAGCAACAAGGAUGGUACACAUCCGGAGGCUGCUCUCAGUCAGGGAAGCUCUGUGAUCAAGGUGCAGGGCACCAAGUACAUAGACUCUGGCGGUGGUUUCCUAAUGGAGCAGCCAAUUUUGCCCACAGGACCACCAGGUUCAACUGGACUUAACAAGUCCACAGAAGAAGUCCCACCGAUUAUAGACGAUGCCAUUGCCAUUCCUGUGCAGUACGAGGAGUGUCUGGAAUGCGGAGACAUGUUUGCCGACUCCUAUUUGUUCAACAACUUUGGGCACUCGGUGUGCGAUAAGUGCCGGGACAAUGAGGAUCGACAUGCCCUAAUCACCCGGACAGAGGCAAAGGCAGAGUAUCUACUGAAGGACUGCGACUUCGACAAGCGAGAGCCAAAGCUGCGGUACAUAAGCCGUAAGAAUCCGCACAACGUCCGCUGGGGUGAGAUGAAGCUGUACCUUCAUCUGCAGAUCCACCAGCGUGCUCUGGAGGUCUGGGGUAGCGAGGAGGAGCUGGUGCGCCAGCAUGAGUCUCGCGAGGACAAACGAGAAAUGGGCAAGGCUCGUAAGUACAACAAACAGAUGAAGCAACUUCGCAUGGAGGUGCGCAGCAGUAUCUACACCAAGAAGACGCACGCCGUCCACGAGCAUGAGUUCGGACCGGAUUCCUAUAACGAAGAGGAGGACACCUACACGCACACCUGCCUCACCUGUCCGUACAGCGAGACCUAUGAGAAGAUGUAGAUCCAGAGCCAAUUUCCUUUUUUUUUUUAAUAAUUUGUAGAUGUAGUUUUUAGUUUUAAUGCCCUUGAAAUGUACGCAUUGUACGUCUGCAUGUUUGAAGAAUCUAUAAUGCUUCUAAAAAAAUAUAAAUCCGAUAUUAUUUUCUUAGUUAUAAACGAAAAAAUGUAAAUAAGUAUUAAAGAUAUUUUCAAACCCAUAUUUAAUGAAUCUGAAGUCAAAUAAUAAUAUUGCAAAAUUAA